UUUGAUCAAACAAACCAAGUGGAACUUUUUUUUUUAUUGCUUAGGAGAAAAGAGAAGAAAACAAUGUCAGGUCCUCAGUGCUGUUCGAAUCCACCAACAUUGGAUUCCGCAAGUGGGGCUGGUCACGUUGAGAAUCUUGCUGGUCUCAACACUUAUGUUUCUGGGUCUCUUCAAUCUAAGCUUGCUGUUUUUCUUAUCUCUGAUAUUUUCGGAUAUGAGGCUCCAAACUUUAGAAAGCUCGCGGACAAGGUUGCAGCCGCUGGGUUCUAUGUGGUGGCUCCUGACUUCUUUUAUGGAGAACCCUAUGACCCUAAUAACCCUGAUAGACCUCUAUCUGUUUGGAUAAAGGAUCAUGGACCGGAUAAAGGUUACGAGGAUGCAAAGCUCGUAAUUGACGCUUUGAAAAGUAAAGGGGUUUCAUCCAUUGGAGCUGCUGGGUUCUGUUGGGGUGCUAAAGUUGUGGCUGAACUGGCUAAGGAUCCCCUUAUCCAAGCAGCUGUAAUGUUACAUCCUUCAUUUGUGAUUGUGGACGAUAUCAAAAGUGUGAAGGUGCCCAUUGCGAUAUUGGGAGCUGAGCAUGACCAUAUGUCUCCCCCAGAGCUUUUAAAACAGUUUGAUGAGAUCUUAAAAGCGAGUGAGGUUGAUAGCUAUGUGAAGAUAUUUCCUAAAGUUGCCCAUGGAUGGUCGGUGAGAUACGAUGUCAAUGAUCUGGCAGCUGUGUCGAGCGCUAACGAAGCUCAACAAGAUAUGCUGGAGUGGUUUGCAAAGUACGUUAAGUGAGAAACUUAUCCGAUGGUGAUGGGAGUUUAUGCGUGUUAUUUAGAAUUCUGUCUAAAAAUAUGGUCGUGUUUCUGUAGAAUAAAGGUUAAAUUUUAGUGCAUUGUGCCUUAUUGCGUAAAACGGAACAUUGUAACACAUAGAAAAGCUUGAACAGAUGUGUCUAUGUUUUACCAUUUAGCCAAUGCAUUGGAAUUUGUUGGUUAUGUGGUUCAAUAUUAUGGGUUUGUGUAAUCUGAUUAUAAAUUCCAAGAAUCAUGAAAGGGCUAAUCAUAAAUUUGUGUUAUAAAUUCAGCUUGGUUUUUGCCUAUUAA